CUCUGAGUCACGCCUGCGGCCCUGACCCAGAUGCAGGAGGGUGGGGCGCAUCCCCGGAGCAGCAGCAGCAGGAGCAGCAGCGGCGGCCUCAGCAGGAGGCUCCAGAUAUUCCAUGAUGGAUCAUCUCUGUGAAGCCAAUGGCACUUUUGCCAUCAGGUUAUUGAAAAUGCUGAGUGGAGAGGACAAGUCACGGAAUGUGUUCAUUUCUCCGCUAAGCAUCUCCUCUGCCCUGGCCAUGGUCUUCAUGGGGGCAAAAGGAAACACUGCCACCCAGAUGUCCCAGGCACUUUGUUUAAACGAAGACGAAGAUGUUCAUCCAGGUUUCCAGUCACUUCUCAGUGAAGUUAACAAACCCGGCUCUCAGUACUUGCUUAGAACUGCCAACAGGCUCUUUGGAGAAAAAACAUGUAAUUUUCUUUCAGCUUUUAAGGAAUCUUGUCAGAAGUUCUAUCAGGCAGAGCUGGAGGAGCUGUCCUUUGCUAAAGAUACAGAAGAAUCCAGAGAACACAUAAACAAGUGGGUCACAGAAAGGACUGAAGGGAAGAUUUCAGAGGUGCUGGGUGCCGGGACCAUCAACCCCCAGACUAAGCUGGUGCUUGUGAAUGCGAUAUAUUUCAAAGGAAAGUGGAAAGAACAAUUUGACAAAAAGUACACAAGAGGAAUGCCCUUUAAAAUCAACCAGGAUAAGAAGACAGUGCAGAUGAUGUUUAAGCUGGCUAAAUUUAGGUUGGGGUACGUGGAGGAGGUGCACACUCAAGUCCUGGAGCUGCCCUAUGCGGGGGAGGAUCUGAGCAUGGUCAUUUUGCUUCCCGACGAAGACACCAAUCUCACUGUGGUGGAAAAGGAACUUACAUAUGAGAAGUUCAAAGCCUGGACAAAUCCAGAAAAGAUGACUCCAAGUAAAGUUCAAGUUUUCCUUCCCCGGUUAAAGUUGGAGGAGAGUUAUGACUUGGAGUCUUUUCUUCGGCGUUUAGGAAUGACUGAUGCUUUUGAGGAAGUCAAGGCUGACUUUUCUGGGUUGUCAACCGAGAAGAAUGUGCCCGUGUCCAGGGUUGCACACAAGUGCUUCGUGGAGGUAAAUGAGGAGGGCACAGAGGCAGCUGCAGCCACCGCGGUGGUCAGGAACAGCCGGAGCCUCAGCAUAGAGCCAAGGUUUUGUGCAGACCACCCUUUCCUCAUGUUCAUCAGACACCACAAGACCAACAGCAUUCUAUUCUGCGGCAGGUUCUCAUCUCCGUGAAGAGGUGCUAUUGCCGAACUUACAUGCCUUUCCCUCUGCUUGCCGUGUCUUCAUUUAAACUCUGUGUGGCCAAAUUGGCAGAGGUUUGAAUCCUAAAAUAAAGUGCGUGCGCCUGACAGUUUGUGAAUGUCUCUGAUGAACAUUUCACAGCCAUUGGGAAUAGCAGGCUUUGGAGGUGUGAAGUUUGGGCUCGAGGAGGCAAAGGCUGGUUUUGAAGUGGUUGGGGUGCUUUUUGGAGGCUCUUGCCCUCAUCUACAAACUAGAGGUUGGCCAGAUCCUCUCAUCUAGGCCCAUUAUUUGUGGGUAGUCUUAGGAGCACCGUGAAGAUUCAUGAACCACCCCUCAUAUGUCCCUCCAUCUUGAGAUGAUCUCACACCUUUGCCUAGUGCCUCCGGCCGACCUACGAGGAGGGGCCAUUCACAGGCCCUGUUGCUCACACAGCCAGAAACCUGCAAAUCUGUGAAUAUUACAGCUACCCAGUGUCUUGUAAACAGUCCAGGUAAAGUGUCUCCCCUCCCUCAGGAUCAUGCAGACAGCCCUGCAUGUCCCAUGCUCCCCGAGCCUCUCAUGAAAACCCCUGUUCAUAUCUUCUUUCCAAGAGGAAACUUCAGACACAAAUUCAGGGCUCAACCAUGAGCUUCAGGACAGGGCUGAGUGGGAGGCAGGUCUCCGAAACAGAUGCCAUGAUGUCUUCUCUACUCUCUUCCUAUCUGAAACACACACAAAACCCCACAGGAGCUCUACCCCAACAACUCCUGGGAGUAAAGGCCUUUAAGUAACCAGACAGGCUCAGAUGGGGUUCAAGUAUAUCCCUCGCUUAAGGGAAAAGGAUCCUCCUACAUUAUUUUUUAAUUUUCUGACUAAAACAGAAACAUGGAAACUAUAGAAAAGUAUACAAAGAAAAUUUAAGUCACCCAGUUCUACCACCCAGCAGCUGUUAACAGGGAUGUAUGAGCUUCUA